AUGUCUGAAUUUCUCGAACUAUUUGAACUACAAGAUGAAAAUAAUAAUAAUCAAUUACUAUCAUCACUACCAAAAGACUUAAAAGAUGACAUACAAUCACAAAGUUUAUCUCAAGGACCACUAAAAGAUAAUCAUAGUAUCAUUUCCGAUAAUAAUAAUAUUUUUAUUAUACCAUUGAAAUUACCACCAGGAUUUACUCAAAAGGACGUUGAUCUUAGAAAAUUUUAUUAUAAAUACGAGUGUUUUAGUGAAGUACAACUUAAAGAUUGUAUUGAAAAAUUAAAUAUUAAUUUAUCGCAAACGACAGAUUUAUUACAAACAGAUUCGACAGAUUCUACAAAUUCUACGUACGAGAGCAUAGAUCUAGGCAGAGCAUAUUCUUCUUCUUCAUUAUCAGAUAUUGAGAAUACUACUGAAAGUACUAAAGAUAAGGUUAAAAUUGAAAUGAUUUCCGAAUCACCACUACCAUCAACACCAAAAACAUAUGAUUUCACGUCAUUUCCAAGAUCAUCUCCAACUCCUCCUCCAACUCCUCCAUUAUCAAAUUAUGUUCCAAGAUCGGAUUAUAUUCUUAAAAAUAAAUUUAAAAAUAUAAAUAUUCCAACGCUUCUUGAUUCACCUUCUUGUAAUUUAAGUAGGAAGCCGAAUAAUUAUUACUACAACAAUAAUAAUAACGAAGAUUUUAUUCCGAGUAAAAGGAAGUUAUUUCGAUCAACUUUGUCAGAUAACAUCGAUAAUAUACCAUCAUCGUCAUCAUCAAAUUUCAAAGAUUUAAAUUCUGACAAAUCUCAACAACAAACUCAAUUUGAUAAUAAUAAAAAUGGACUUAAUAUUCAUUCCGAAACAUUUCAAUCAUUUAUUUUGGGAAAUGAUAUCAAUCAAAAUACUAUAAAUAAAGCUAAAAAUUUGAUUGCACUCAAUCCUCUUCCUCAAGAAAACUUAGUCGCUCCUACUGAUCUUCAUGAACGAUCUGAUGUAUCCGUGGUAAUAGAAACAGCACCGAUUUCACAAGUGACUAUGAAUAAAAUCUCACCAGCGAAGGAUAAUGAAAUUAAAUCAUCGAGAAUCAGAACAACUAGGUCAUCUUCGGUACCUUCAACUUCAACUACUUCAACAACUAAGUCGCAUGUUAAAGAAACUUUGACAACUAAGUCUCCAAUUACUAGAUCCUCUUCUUCAGCAACUAAAGCCUCUUCUUCAUCAACUAAAGCAUCUUUUGAAACCUCAGGUCAUGCUCUUAAAAGGACUCGUAUCAAGUGGACAGUAGUUGAAUUAGAGGCAUUAGAAGAAGGAAUGAAAACGUACGGAACAAGUUGGACCGCGAUUCAUGAAGAAUUUGGACGUGAAGGUGGACCUUUAUGUAAUAGAGAUCCUACACAGCUUAAAGAUAAAGCACGAACUGAAAAAAAGCAUAGAAUAAAACACGGAAUUCCUUUGGGUAUUUUCAAGAAAGCUACUGGUGGAUAUUAA